UUCACUUGUAAUUUUUCCAGGUUUCUUCGAUAUCAUUAGGCAGGCAUGAUAGAUGCUUUCAGAAGUUUAAUAAUAGAAAAAGACAAAGCAGGCAUGCCAUAGCUUCAAUUUCUGUUUACCCCACCCACCAAACUCCUCAUGCAGAGACCACCAAGAAUUCAUCUAAGUACAGUUUUUUUCCCCAAAGAUUCUUCUGUUUCAGCUUUUUUUUUGAAAGCUGAAGACAACUGCAACAACUGGGUUUUGGUGAAAUCAAUGAUCUGAAGCGUCCAUGCAUUACUAUUGCCUGCACAACCGUUUCAGCUUCUGGGUUUGUUUGUGUUACUGGAAAAGGAGGAGAGUUCUGUGAUUUGAUUUUGGGGUGUUUGGCAUGCUAGAAAAUCCGGGUAUUUUUCAGAAAACUGUUUCUGGGUUUUUUCAGCGCAGAUUAUGGUCAUGGAAAUUGUGGUAUCUUUGGUAUUGUUGUUUGUGGGUAUUGCUGUUUUGAUCGUAAUUCAUGUGUGUAUUGUUGGGAGGGCUUUUAGGAGAGCGUAUGGAAAUGGGGCUAUGGUUCAAAGGGGUGGCAGUGGAGGCCUAGGGAUGUCCCAAGAUGAACUGAAGAAGCUUCCUUGCUUUGAAUACAAGGCGGUAGCACUAGAGAAAGCGAGUAACAGCCCAGUGGAUUGUGCCGUUUGCUUAGAGAAUUUCAGGAAGGGGGAUAAGUGCAGGUUAUUGCCAAACUGUAAGCACUUCUUCCAUUCUCAAUGCAUAGAUUCAUGGCUGUUGAAGACACCCAUUUGCCCUAUCUGUCGAACAUGCGCUAGCACUCCCAAGAUCAGCACGUUUUCGGGCCAGGGGAGUGGCAUUUCGAGAGAUGUUGGAGCUGAAUUGACAUAAGAGUUCAGCGCUUCUCUUCAUGGCUGAUUUCAUCUCUGCUUGCUUUUUCUGGCCCUCUCCCUCUGUUUUUCCCCUCCCCAUUUUUGAACCUGUGGUUUAAGUUUUCUUUUAUGUGAAAUUUAGUAAUGUUUUUGUUUGUCCUCCACCAUACAAUUACAUAGAAGGAGAAAGUUUUCUCUUCCUUUUUCUUGUUCUGAAUAUUUCUCAAGCUCAAGUAAUUGAGAUUACAGGGCUUUGUUGAAUAUUGCGCAUUACUUAUUUUUAUA